AGCACAUUUUAUCGCGUGUCCAACUUUUUGACAUGUAUAUACCAGCUAUCAGAAACGGUUUUGUUUGUCAAAGGAGAAAAAAAAUGACACUCCUACUGGUGCCCAAGUCCUCGAAUAAGUUGUCUAUAACAUGAAGUAGAGUAAUAGAAAUUCAAUCAGGCUGCUAUAGAAACAAUAUAUAUCGUUACUAUAAUAAUACUCAUAUGACUUAACUAUACAGUGUACAGUUUUAGUGGGGUUAUCGAAACCUUAGGAAAACAGAUGGACAUUUGCUCAAGCGUUAAAGUGAUGUAAUGCUGUUUAUACCUCCCCUAUCCAUUUGGCCUUUGUCCAUGUGUUUAAGGUUACACUCUUUUAUUGUUCCACAUUCAGAGCCAUAAUAAACGUGGCAACUGUCUGUCUCUGUGCCCACGAUUACCCAUAUUGGUCUAUUAUAGCAAAGUUAAAGCCGCAUUACUCCUCGCUUAAGCCAUUACGCAAAAACAGUCUGUGUCUGUAAAAUCGGCUAAAAUGCGUCUAACGCCUCUCAUGCUUCAUAAAUCACGUUGUCCUUCUCCACUGUAGUGGGGGGAAUAGCUUCGGUUAACUGUUUCCUUCCUCUUUGAAACAAUGAUCAAAUAUAAACACCAUUAAGCCACAGUGCAGGGGGGUGAUUUGUAUAGAAUUGGUUUACUUGAACUUUAUUGCAUCGCUGAGUGCCCCAUUAAGAUACCGUGCAAAGUGCCGUAAUUACCUUUGAAGAACUCAGUGCAAAUAGUCUAUAGAUACACAUUAUCAAGGUAAAAGCCCCGUGGUCCUGUACAGUUUACCUGUAAAACAGGUGAAUUACACCUGUCUUAUAGCAGAGGAUCAAAAUGUUGCAUAAAGGCGCGAGGUUGCGGAGACACUCUCCACGCGCACACCGGUUAAUUGAGUACUGUUGCUCACUCCAGCCUAAUUGGUUUACCACAAGAGCUGCUGUUUAAUGGGGCGAACACACACACACGCGCGCACACACAUACACCUGCUAAAGGCUAAUGGCCAGCAAACAUGGCGAAAGUACAGCGGGUUAGGUGGGUUAAACUCUCGUGUGUUUGUUAUCGUCGAGGGCCUGUUGCGCGGGCAGGGAUGGUGGGCACCCACACGCGCUAAAUGGUGUUAAAUGAUGCAUUUACAGAAGUGUGUAAUGGGUACAUUUUAAGAUUCAGAAAGGUGUAGACAAAAGGUGGGGGGGAAAAAGGGUUGUUGAAAUGGGCUGCGAUGUUUGAGCUUUUCCCCACGAGUUUCCAAGACAACUGUCUCUCCAUCCAGGUCCCUUAUCUCGCAGGUCAACCAAUGUUUGCGCCCAUCCGUAUCGAUUUAUCAGCCGUAGUGUGCAGACAAGAGAUCUAUCCAUAUAAAUUGUCGAUGGCCACAUUGUUAGAGGACAAUCCUACGUGAGAAACAUGUUUCUGUUGUGCGCUCUAGACUAAAAGAAACAAUUAAGUUCUUUAUGUGGAGGCGGGGUCCCACAGAUUCUGUUGCUGCUGUUUGGGGCAAACACAGGUGGAUGCCAGGUAAACGCUGUGCUAUUUACAGAGAGGCAUUGAUUUACGCGCUGACAGGCGUUCUGUUCAAUUUGCUGAAAAAAAAAUCCCCAUAUCCUGGAAACUGUGAAGGCUAUAGGUCUGCGGUUUUGAGCAAACAGUGAAACCAAUGGUUUGUGCUCUGCGGAGUCACAUGGUGACGGAGUGACACACCUGUGUGGAGCAGUAAGGGCCCUCGCAGUUGCGCCAGAGGCAGGUAUAGAGGCAGAAGGUCCACGCCGAGGCAGGGUGCAGGUACGGUGCAUGUGCGCGCAAACGGGCCCCCACACAGCCUCUGGUCCUCGGCAGCCAUGAAUCGGGAAGAUCACUACUACCCCUCGCAGGUUUUUAAAGACUCCUGCGCCUACCAGAGAUCGCAGAGUGAGGACUACAGCCACAGCCCGCCGCCCUGCCUCUACAUGAGCAGACAGGUCCACUCCGUCUACACGCCGCCGUCCAUGGGAGCCCUGGAGCAGGCCAGUCUUCCUGACAUCGUCCCCUCGUACAGUCUACCCGGCUUGCGAGAGGAUCCAGGUGUGCCUCAGCAGAUCCACCACCCACAGGGGCUCCAGCAGCAGGCCCUCCAGCCCACAGCAGGCUAUGGAGACGCGGGGGAACAGAGCAGAUAUCACCUCCCCUUCCCCUGGAUGAAAACCACUAAAUCCCACUCACACACCUGGAAGGGACAGUGGGCAGGGCCAUACGUGAUGGCUGAGAGCGAGGAAAACAAGCGCACGAGAACAGCCUACACGCGCGCCCAGCUGCUGGAGCUCGAGAAAGAGUUCCUGUUCAACCGCUACAUCUCGAGGCCGCGGCGCGUGGAGCUGGCGCUGACCCUGAGCCUCACCGAGCGCCACAUCAAGAUCUGGUUCCAGAACCGGCGCAUGAAGUGGAAAAAGGAGGAGGACCGGAGGAAGGCGAGGGGGGCCGACCCGGACCAGGACUCCUCCAUCACCUCUGGAGACCAGGGGGAGGCCGCGGGAGGAGGGGUCUCUUCCACAAACGGACCCCACACCUCCACCACCGCCUCUACGCCGCCUGUUUCCCCGCUGCACGGUCACUCUCUCUCUGCUGCUGGGCCCAGAGAGCCCGCAUAGACGCGCAGAAGGCGCCCCCUCCAGACUACUAAUAUUGCAGGGAUCAUUUUUAAAGAAAAGAUGGAAACCCAACAGAAAUAGGCUUCAAGACCAUUAUUUCAAGGCUGUACCAUGUGAGCGGAUAUAUAUUUUUAGAGAGCAGUGGACAGAGUGAAACAGCCCCUCCUAAACCAAGCAUUUUUAACUAAUGUCCCUUUUACUGAGAUCUCCUAAAACUCCGUCAAGGACCGGCCUGCUUAUUGGAUAUAACAGUGUAUCAUGUCUGGACUGGAGGGACACGUAUUCAUCUACUUCAACAUACCUGCUUUGAGGUUUUUUGGGCACCAGGUGGCACGCUGAGAC